AUGGCGCCUCCUCUUGGUUUUUCUGCAGUUUCUUCUUGUGCUUCUUUUUGGCAUAUUUUCUUGUUGGUUAGUAUGGUUUUGGAGGGCAUGAUCAUCGUCAAUGUCGAAGCCAACGGCUGGCUCAGUGGCCAUGCAACUUUCUAUGGGACGAACCAGGAUCCCGCCACCCUUGGGGGUGCUUGUGGUUAUGACAACACCUUCCAUGCGGGGUUUGGAGUGAACACAGCAGCAGUGAGCAGCACACUUUUCAGAGGAGGGGAGGCAUGCGGGGCUUGUUACCAAGUGAUCUGCAACUACAGGAUCGAUCCCAAGUGGUGCCUUCAACGCCGUGCCGUAACGGUUACCGCCACAAACUUCUGCCCCCCGAACAACAACGGAGGGUGGUGCAAUGCCCCUCACCAACACUUUGACAUGUCCACGCCAGCUUUUCUUCGCAUUGCACGACAAGGCAAUGAAGGCAUAGUUCCUGUCAUUUAUAGAAGGGUGUCUUGUCAAAGAAGAGGAGGGGUUCGAUUCACCUUGAAGGGACAGUCAAAUUUCAACAUGGUGAUGAUAUCCAACGUUGGAGGAAGUGGGGACGUGAAGGCUGCAUGGAUAAGGGGGUCGAGGAUGAGGAAAGGGACGUGGCUGCCCAUGCAUAGGAAUUGGGGUGCAAAUUGGCAAAGCAGCAUCGAUCUCCGAAACCAGAAGCUCUCUUUCAAGCUCACGUUGGUUGAUGGAAGAGCACUAGUAUUUUCCAAUGUUGUUCCUUCCACUUGGAGUUUUGGACAAACAUUUUCAUCCCGCAACCAGUUCUGAUAAUCUUAAUUUAAUUAAUUAAUUAGCUCUCCAUAGGCACUUAAUUAAUUGCUUUGCAAAUUGCAAUGGUUC